GAAAAAACUAUUAACAAAAGGGGUAGCAGAAGGUGGAGAAACAAGUAUUAAGCCCUUAAAAGGCAAUUGAAACAUGGUUAGCACCAAUCUAGUGGUGCCCGUUGUGCUGUGGGGGCCAUCGGCCCCCACUCAUUGUGUCUCCAGUGUAUAUUUGUCUGAAGAUCAAACCACAUUGGCAACUGGCUGUUAUGACGGGCAAAUAUGUUUGUGGCACGUCGAACCGGGUACAUUGAAAAUGUCACCCCGCUGCCUUUUGGUGGGCCACACAGCACCCGUCCUGUGCUUGGUACGAGCAUCCAUUAUGCCAGACAGUAAUUUCCUGGUCAGCUCGUCGGAAAAUGGUGAAAUGUGUACAUGGGAUAUGACCGAUGGGAAAUGCAUGGAAUCGGUGAAGUUACCUCAGGUUCAUACACAAAUCCAAAGCUAUCACACAGCGAACAGUGCUGAUCUACAUCUCUUCUGUAUUGGCUAUUAUCCCGAAAUUAUGGUAAUGGAUCCUAUCAGCCUUGAGGUGAUCUAUACGCUCAGUUCGAAAGUUAAGCCCGAUUGGAUAUCGGCAUUGCAUGUAUUGAGACCAAUGCGUCGUAAAGAUGAUGUGGUGCUGGCCAUUACAACGACAGGAACCGUCAAGGUAUGGACGCUGGUUGGCAAUGAAAAUAAACACGCCGAGCCGAUCUAUGAAAAUGAAUCGAAGGAGAUACGCUGUCUGAAUGCCAUCACGAUGAAUUGUUGUUCCCAAAAUCAGAGAACGGUGCUGAUCGUGUGCACCAAAUAUUGGCAGAUCUAUGAUGCCGGUGAUUUUACAGUACUUUGCUCGGUCAUUGCACCUACACGUGAACGGUGGCAGGGUGGUGAUUUCAUAAGUUCGGAUCGUGUAAUGCUUUGGACCGACGAGGGCAAAGGUUAUCUGUAUAAAUUACCCGCAAAUUGUAUACCUGACAAUAAGGAGUUCCAUUCGAAGAGUGUGGUGCGUGAUGCUCCCUAUCUGUAUUAUGUGUUGCAGCAUCCGGGCGACAAAGUGUUAUCCUGUCCACCGGCCAUGAAACUGAUACGCAGCGAACCCGAGGGCAAACCCACAUCUCACUGUCUGCUGCGUGGUGAUUCGGAGGGAUUUAUUUCGGUGUGGACUGUGCCUGAUGUUCCUCUUGAUAAUAUAAGUAUUUUGCAAGCAAAACAAAUGCCUCCGCGUACAUUGAAGCCGUCGGUUUGUACGUCUCUAAUAGAGGCCUGGUCCCUGAUGGAUCCUCCUCCCGUGGGCAUUCUCGAUCAAUUGGCCCGUAUCACCGAUCAUCCGGUGAAAUUAACAUCCAGCAUUUAUUUGCCCCAACAAAGUCGUCUGGUUAUUGGGCGGGAAGAUGGCUCCAUUGUCAUUGUGCCCGCCACCCAAACUGUCAUGAUGCAGCUGUUGGUGGGCAUUAAACAGAAUUUCAGCGAAUGGCCUUCCCAUCAGAUUUUGUACGGCCAUCGAGGCCGCGUUAAUUGCUUACUAUGCCCCUCCCUGGUCCAUCCCCGCUACGAGAAGUCUCUGCUGCUGUCGGGAGGUGUGGACUUUGCCGUCUGUCUUUGGGAUCUGUACAGUGGCAGCCUAUUGCAUCGCUUUUGUGUACAUGCGGGAGAAAUCACACAGCUAUUGGUGCCCCCUGAAACGUGCAGUCCUCGUAUUUUGAAAUGCAUUUGCUCGGUGGCCUCCGAUCACUCGGUCACCUUGCUCAGCUUGCAGGAACGCAAAUGCAUUACACUAGCCAGUCGCCAUUUGUUUCCAGUGGUAACCAUCAAAUGGCGACCAUUGGACGAUUUCCUCAUAGUUGGCUGCUCGGAUGGUUCGGUAUAUGUUUGGCAAAUGGAAACUGGCCACUUGGAUCGCGUUUUGCACGGCAUGCUAGCCGAGGAGGUAUUGGCGGUGUGUGACGAGCAGAAUGCCGACGAGUCUGGCUGCGGUUCACAUACCUCCAAUACAGAGGGUUUGGCCAAUCCGGCUGUACACUUUUUCCGAGGUCUCAAGUCACGCAAUAUGAACGCCAUUCGGCAUGCAACUCAGCGCGGCAUUACUCAAUGGCAGCAACUCCACGGUCACAAUCAGGGUAAUUUUGAUUUCCUCAUGAAACAUCGCAGCAAUCCGCUAAUAAUCCAGGGUCUGCGUACCAAUCCCAAGGAUGCAGAAAGUCACAUUUUGUUCUUCGAUAUCGAGGGUUUGAUUUUUGAGCUGCACAGUGAAGAAUACGCCAAAAUGACCCCAACCGAGUUGGAAGCUUUGGGUGUAAUUAUAAACAACCCUAAAGACAAGGCCCUGCAUGUGGAGGCCUCAAAGAAGAUCAGCGAUUUCUUUGGAAAGGUAAAGAAUAAAGCUGGCGAUAUGGAGAAGAUGUUGAAGGACAAAGACAAACACGGGCUGGUACAGAAAUUCAAAGAGAAAACCGAAAUUGUGGAAAAGAAAGUCCAGGCGAAGGUCCAGGAAAGCAUACAAAAGGUACUCGAACCACAAGACACCCCCGAUGAUGGCUCCACUGAUUUGAAAUCGAAAAUGGCCUCAAAAAUGGAAGUUACCCAUGUCAUGGAAGUGGCCCAACUGCUGUUGUCGCUGCUGCACUCUUGGGGAUUGGAUCCCCAUUUGGAUAAGGUGUGUGAGUCACAACUGGGCUUACUCCGGCCCAUGGUCCCUGUCUCCUUUGGCAUUCUGUCCAAGGGUGGCUAUAUGUCGCUAUUGCUGCCCACCUGGCAGAACAACUACGAAUUGGGCGAGGGAAUUGUGGUUGCAAGCAGCUCUAAGAAACGUGACAUUCCAGCCGAAUUGCUGCGUCAAGAACAGCUUACAGCCGUAUUCACCUCCCGUCUGCACUGGGAAUUGAGCACCACCCUUACCUCUAAUCACAUUUUGGCCUUGGUGGCCAUGUCCAAUACGUUGUUAUCAAUGAAUUCUGCCUCAUUUCUGCCCGACAGCGAGCGCAGUAAAAAGCUGUUGCGUCUAGCUCAACGUUCCGAGUCUCAAAUGGCCACCGAAGAGGAGCGUGAGGAACUGCUGGCCCAUCAUAUAUCACAAAUCAAACAGGGCUGGAGUCUGUUGUCGACACACCACUGCUUUUUGUUGCCGGACAAGAUUGAAGCAUUAGAACCAAAGAAAUUUAAACGACCUCAGGUUGAAAUGAUGGCGAAACGUUGGCAGCAUCACUGUAUUGAAAUUCGGGAGGCAGCUCAGCAGAUAUUACUGGGAGAGUUGAGACGCAUGGGCAAACGUGGGCGUAAGCAGCUGGUAGAGAGCUGGGCUCAAUAUCUGCCAAUGUAUACGCACACCGAACCCAUAGCUCAACAGGUGCACCACGCCAAUGGAGCCAACGGUCAUUCCAAUUCAUCGUUGGGCGGCAGUAUUGGCGGUAUUGGUGGCAUGGGUCACAAUGGAGAUGGGCUAGAUGGCGGCGAAGAUUACGAAGAGGAAGAGGAGGAGAUAAUACGCAAGCCAUCCAGUUUGUCGGAGCUGAAGCGUAAACAGACCACUGCUGUGAUAUUGUUGGGUGUGAUUGGAGCUGAGUUUGGUCAAGAUAUAAAUCAGGAUUCACCUGUACGUGGCACCAGUAUUAACACCACCGCGACUGCAGAGCGCAGAAAAUCAUCGGUGGUUGAAGGUUUUGGCAUUGCCAAUAAUUUGGCACGCCUCACAUCAAUGGCAUUGGCCCAUCUCCUAUAUGCCCCGCCCACACCCAAAUUGCCUCAAUACACUCCCCUCAGGAGGGCGGCUAUAGAUUUGCUGGGACGUGGUUUUACAGUUUGGGAACCGUACUUGGAUGUAAGCAAAGUAUUAUUGGGUCUGUUGGAAUUGUCGUGUGAUGGCAAAUCGGUACCAAAUCUAAAUUAUAAACUUCCUCUAACACCCCAGGCCGAUGCCUGUCGAACAGCCCGGCAUGCUUUGAGGCUGAUUGCCACAGCGCGACCGGCCGCUUUUAUAACAACCAUGGCCCGCGAAGUGGCCCGUUACAAUAGCAUGCAACAGAAUCCGCAAUCGAUAAGUGUGCCAUUGACCCAGUCGGUGCUGUACAAGGCCAAGGGAGAAAUACUGCAGUGCGUCGAGAUGUUGAUAGAUAAAAUGCAAGCCGAAAUUGCCAGCCUCCUGGUCGAGGUAAUGGACAUUACACUACACUGUUUAGAUAAUGCAGAACUAAAGACACGGGGACUGCCGGAUGUGUGCCCCGCCAUAUGCCGUUUCAAUCAGGUAUCACAUUGUACGCAGACACGACGAAUUGCUGUGGGUGCCAUCAAUGGCCACCUGGCCAUUUACGAGCUGCGACAAAACAAAUGUCAAAUGAUACCAGCCCAUACGCAUCCGAUAACCUCGUUGGCGUUUUCACCCGAUGGCAAGUAUUUGGUCUCAUAUUCAUGCAAUGAAAAUCGUUUAUCUUUCUGGCAAACGAGUACGGGUAUGUUUGGCCUGGGCCAAUCACAGACACGUUGCACCAAAGGCUAUUCGACGGCGCCAAUACCCGAUGUGUCACGUCUCAAUCCGAUGCGCCUGGCGAAAUUGGUGUGGAUCAAUAAUCGUACGGUGACGUUAAUGUUGGCCGAUGGUUCGGAGACACGUUUUAAUGUCUAAGCAGAAGCA